GUGGCCCUCUCACUGGCCACUAAACGACGUGCGUUAUAUCCUCGGGGCAUAUACGUGCAAGAGAGGAACCGUGUUUUGCACUAAGGUCAUCUGGAGGUUGUUGAAGCUCUCCACAAAAGUGCAAACCGUCGCACCGGUAGGAAGCAAAUCCUCGUUCAUCUUUUCGCCGUCUAGUCAAUCCAAUCUUCAAACAAAAUGGGCCGCAAAUUCUGCGUCGGAGGAAACUGGAAGAUGAAUGGUGAUAAGGCCAGCAUCACCGAUCUGUGCAAGACCUUGACCACUGGACCGCUGAGUGCCGACACCGAGGUCAUCGUCGGAUGCCCAGCCCCCUAUCUGACCUUGGCUCGCUCCCAGCUGCCGGACAGCGUUGGAGUCGCCGCCCAGAACUGCUACAAGGUGGCCAAGGGUGCCUUCACCGGUGAAAUUUCGCCGGCCAUGCUGAAGGACUUGAACAUUGGCUGGGUCAUCCUGGGACAUUCGGAGCGUCGUGCCAUUUUCGGUGAAUCGGACGAACUGGUGGCCGAUAAGGUUGCGCACGCUUUGGCCGAAGGUCUGAAGGUCAUCGCUUGUAUCGGCGAAACGCUGCAGGAACGUGAAGCCGGUCAAACCGAGGCCGUGUGCUUCCGCCAGACCAAGGCCAUCGCCGAUAAGGUCAAGGACUGGAGCAACGUUGUGAUUGCUUACGAACCGGUCUGGGCUAUUGGUACCGGUAAGACUGCCACCCCGGAACAGGCCCAGGAAGUGCACGCUGCCCUGAGGAAGUGGUUCACCGAGAAUGUGUCCGCCGAUGUUUCUGGAGCAAUCCGAAUCCAGUACGGAGGAUCGGUCACUGCUGCCAACUGUCGUGAAUUGGCCGCCAAGCCCGACAUCGAUGGUUUCCUGGUUGGUGGUGCUUCGUUGAAGCCGGAGUUCAUUCAGAUCGUUAAUGCUAGGCAGUAAGUGGAGACGGAACUCUGCAAAAGGUAAAUCUUAUCACUCACCGCCAUUUCUCACUCUCUCGGGGCAUUUCGAAAGUUCGGAGCGUUCAGGCCUCAAACAGGAAUGAAUAAUUUAAAAGUAUAGGCGAAUUAUUAUGUAAGUUCAGAAAAUGCAGUAAUCACUGAUAACUAGAACAUAAACAAUACAAACAAAUACAAAAAACAUUGUUCAGCAAAAAGUA